AUGGAUAAGAUAAUGUUAUUUGUAGUUUUUAACGGAAGAUGGAAUGCAAACAACAAAUACAUUGAUCAUGAAGUGAAAAUAUUGAUGGUGGAAAAGGAUAUCAAGUAUGAGGAAUUGGUAAACAAGAUAUACAAAGAGCUCAGAUUGAAUGAAAGAUUGAUUUCAACAAACUUGAUUUUUGAUGCAAAUAUGGAUACAAGCAAAGGAAUGAAGAUAGAAAGUGAUGAGAAUUUACAAGUUUAUCUAAACUUGAACAAGACUGUGGAAGAGUUGAAAAAAUGUCCUCUCAUCGUUGAAGUAGAACAGAGAAAUCAAACCAUUUCUUUGCCAAGAGAAGCUAGCAUUCCAUCUGCUUUAGCAAGCAAUGCAACAAGUCAAAGUUUGACUCUCACAGACCCCAAUACAAAUACUGCAAGCACUAGCAAGAUGAAGAGCGCCUCAACACAAGAAUCCAACAAAUUUACAAAACACGGGCAAGAAGCUCAAUCACCUCUCCAUGUGUUGCCGAAUAUGGAGAUUGAAGUCAUAAGACUCAAUUAUGUUUUCAAGAAUAAGACUGAUCUAAAACACACACUUGCGAAAAUAGCCAUCAAGAAACACUUUCAGUACAGAAUUCAAAAAUCAUGUUCAGAAGCAUUUUGGGCAAAAUGCAUAGAUGAGAAUUGUGGCUGUAGUUACUUCAAAGAGAAGUUUCGUGACCCAGGAUCAACCUAUCGACCAAGGCAAAUAAUAAGAGACAUGAGAGAUGAACAUGGGGUAGGUGUAACAUACAAUAAAGCUUGGAGAGCAAAAACACUUGCAGCUGAUGAUGUUAGAGGGUCAAAUGAGGAAAGUUAUGCAUUGUUGCCUUCAUAUUUGUAUAUGCUACAGUUGGCCAACCCAGGAACUAUAACAAGAGUAUGUAAAGAUGAAGAAAACAGGUUUAAAUACAUGUUUAUUGCUUUUGGGGCUUCAUUAGAUGGAUGGAAGCAAUGUAGACCAGUUAUAGUGGUAGAUGGAACAUUUUUAAAGACGAAAUGUGGAGGUACACUGUAUGCAGCUUGUGUUAAAGAUGGAAACAAUCAAAUUUUUCCUCUCGCCUUUGGAAUUGGGGAUUCAGAAAAUGACAAUGCAUGGAUAUGGUUCUUUACAAGACUAAAAGAAGCAAUAGGAGAACGAUAA